AUGGCCUUGCAUGGGGCAGGGCAGGUCAUUCCAGUCCAGUCCAAGUCCGGUCCAGUCAGGUUGGUAGCGGAUGGAUUGGACACUAGAGGCACACUAGUUGGCGCUUUCCAUGCAUGA